AAGGCAACGUCGCCGCCUGCAAAGCCUGCAGAAGCAUGCAAGAGUGCUUGCGACGCCAUACGCCGUGCGGGUCGCCCCACAGCGAGCGUCGACGACGACGAGCAAGGCCCGGCACCGGGAGCGAGGGCUGAGCGCAAGACGGGGCUUUUUCUUCCGGGCGAGGCGGGACGAGCGAGGGGCACUUGCGCUGCGGCGCCUGCGCGAGGCUGCGUCUGGGACGAGCAAACAAAGGCCUGCGGCUGAACACGAGGGCCCACGCCAGCUCUCCUGCGCCGCAUGGGCUGCACUGCACACUGCUGUCCUGCGGGAGCCAUCUUGCCCAGAGGCUGCACGCUGCUGCCGUGCCCGAGCCGUCGCCGGCGUGCUGCUGCCAUGGAGCUGGCGAAACGAUGGGCGGGCACCAGAGCGGAGACAGCACGCGCUCUCCGCUGCAGGUCAGGUCUCACCCGGCGCUCGGCGCCGGCGACGCGCCUGCGCGCGCGCGGCCACGCCCAGAGCGCAGGCAGCGAGGUCCAGCCUCUCGCACGAGCGCCGAUCGCCGAGACUGCCCAUCGGGCCUCCUGGCAUGGCAUCCAGCCCCGGUCCCCCUUGACGGAUGCAAGUGGUCCCAUCGGCUGUGAAAGGAGACGCUCGUCCAGCUCACGUGAGGAGACAGAACCAUCGAGGGCCCUCACGUGCGGCACUCAGCAGCAGCCCGUCGGGAGGCGCACGAGAUGCAUCUUGCUGCCGAUCCCGCGGGCUGAGCCGUGGGCGUGGCGUUUCCCUGGAGAGGUGGGGCGCCGGAUGCGACUUGCGAACGCCUUUCUGCAGUCCUUGCCGCGCCACGUCCCUCAUGCCUCUUGCGCUUUGCUCCUCACACACACGAGGCUGUGUUCACUUCUUUUUGCUGUGCUCGAGCACAGCCAGGGCAAGCGGCGGCGUAUUUGGGCUGCGUAUGCAGAACAAAGAACGACGGCGAUGGCGUCACGUCUCCCCACAUCUUGAGGAGCAGAGCAGCAUGAAGAGCGUGCCUCGGGUGCGAUCGACCGAUGGCCC